AUGAAGAAAGCCUCUCCUGAUCCUCCCGACAUAGACAGCAGACGAUCUAGUGCACCUAGGACCUCGCAUGGCGCCCACCCUAGCUCUUCCAAACGAUCCGACGCAGAUAGACCGGCAGACAUAGUCACCAAUCUCCCUCGUAGCUUCUCUAGCAAGUCAUCUACCCUCGCAUUACAGCGAGAUAAGAACAACAACAACUACAACAAUACCGUCAUCAACCCAACUACCUACACCACGGCGUCCACCGACAGCAGAAAUCAUGGCGCCGCAGCCAACGGCAUCUCUCCUCGUCAUACCGGCGAUGGUUCACCCUUUGGCUACCCGGACGACUUCACCAACAAAGCUAGUCCCCUCUCCCUCGAGAAUGUUGCCACAUCGAAGGAGGCUUCGCCGUCGGGGCCUGUCGUAGACGACGCGGGAGCCGUCUCGUCAUCGCACGAGAACGGCAAAGGCAACAACAACCCUGAUCAGAAACCUCAGAUGCCUGUCUUCACCCGCUUCUAUCUCACUUGCAGGAUGAUCUUAUUCCACAGCUGGGUCAACGUUCUGCUCAUCUUUGUGCCCAUCGGCAUCGUCGUGCAGGCCCUCCAACUCAACCCGGGGAUCGUCUUCGCCGUGAACGCCAUCGCCAUCAUCCCGCUCGCCGGCCUGCUCAGUCACGCCACCGAGUCUGUCGCCAGUAAGCUGGGUGACACCAUUGGCGCUUUGUUGAAUGUAACCUUCGGCAAUGCCGUAGAGUUGAUUAUCUUCAUCGCCCUCGUCAAGAAUGAGAUUCGUAUCGUUCAGGCCUCUCUCCUCGGCUCUAUUUUGGCCAACCUUUUGCUCAUUUUGGGCAUGUCCUUCUUCCUCGGUGGCCUACGCUAUCGCGAGCAGAUUUACAACAGCACCGUCACGCAGAUGAGUGCUUGUUUGCUCAGCUUGAGCGUCAUCAGUCUGGUUCUACCCACUGCCUUCCAUGCCUCUUUUCAGAACAGCUUCAAAGCUGAAGAUCAGACUCUGAAAAUCAGUCGUGGUACCAGUGUAAUCCUCCUCCUAGUGUACAUCUUGUACCUCCUAUUCCAGCUCAGAUCCCACGCCUACAUGUAUGAGUCAACUCCACAGCACAUUGUGGAUGCUGAGUCCGCUCCCGGUCCAGCCAUUGGCUUCUUUGACUCUUCAAGCUCGGAAGACAUAUCAGACUCAGACGCGGACUCAGACAGUUCGGACAGCUCUGGCGGAACCGUCCGUAAGACAAUGAGAAAGGUGAUGCGCGCCGGUCGAAGGCGCAAGUCUAGUGCGGCCUCCCUAAACACCGACGGACUCCCCAAGAUUCGUACCUCUUCAAUUGGCACCUCCCACGGCUCCGAGGGGUCCGUUGGCCGCCCUGCCGUUCCGCGUUUUAACUCGGGCGGUAGCGAUGAGGCCUUGGAAGAGGAGAAGUCUCGCAAGCACCGCAAACACCGCAGGCGCUACCACAAGUACCACAAGAAGUCGAAGAAGAGGACCGGUGCCGGCCUCGUUGACACCGACGACCACGAGCCUAUCAUCGGCGGACAAGUCGAAACCCCUCUUGAGAGCGGUGAACCUCGCCGUCACGACUUUGCCGAUCAAGAUGUCGCACCGACGGGUGGGGCCACCGAUGCCGUUCAAUCUAACUCCCGUGCCAGACCCGUCUCGGGCCUCCGUGGCUUAUCCAUCAAGAGCUUCGCCCCUGCUGUCUUCACCGCUCCCCCUGAUUCCCCGUCCAUGGCGGCUGCUCCUUCUUCCGGUCCGGUUCCUCGCGUCCGCUUCGGCAUUCGCCGCACCAACUCCCUUCCCGACCGACUGAACCAGUACGGUGGCAACGUCCGCGCUCCUGGCGCCAUGUUCCCCGCCCAGAUCCCCGUGGCCACGGUCAACAGCGGGCUCGGUGUUGCCGAAAAGGCCGUCGAAAAUGACCACCUCUCUCGCACCGCCGCCAUCCUCCUACUUCUCUUCUCCACCGGCCUCGUCGCCGUCUGCGCCGAGUUCCUGGUCGGUUCCAUCAACGAGGUCGUCGCAACCAGCCCUCUUGGCGAGAUCUUCAUUGGCCUCAUCAUCCUACCCAUCGUCGGCAACGCCGCAGAGCACGUCACGGCCGUUACCGUCGCCAUGAAGAACAAGAUGGAUCUCGCCAUUGGCGUCGCCGUCGGCAGCUCCAUCCAGAUUGCUCUCUUCAUCACCCCUAUUGUCGUUAUAAUCGGCUGGGCUCUGGACCGCGACAUGUCGCUCUACUUCACCCUAUUCGAGACCGUAUGUCUGUUUGUCUCGACCUUCAUCGUCAACUUCCUGGUCCUCGAUGGCAGGAGCAACUACCUUGAGGGCGCGUUGCUGUGCGCGACGUACAUCAUCAUCGCCUUGGUGGCCUUCUUUUACCCUAACUCGAACGAGGCCAGCUCCAUGGGUGUUUAA